AGAGCGGCUCCGACAUCACGAAGCGCAUCUGGAUCAGAAAAGCUGGAAUCUAGUCAAUAGUUUUGUCCGUGCGCGCUGGAGAGAUGUUUCUGAACAACGCGAAGACUGAUCCGGACUCCUCAUGCUCUUCUGCCGGGGACAAACCUACCGAUGCCCCGAUAGACAGCGGCACACAGGGCUCGUUCGUUCCGACGGUCACCGCGAUCUCCAGCACGCCAGACCUGCAGUGGAUGGUCCAGCCGACCAUCAUCACGUCUGUGUCUCCGUGUCUGGGUAGAGCCGAAAGCAGUGAACCGGCAAAGAGCAAGCCAGCUGGGAACAAGGGGAAAUGCGCUGCCAGAAAGAGCAAGAGCAAGAGCGAGCAGCUCUCUCCGGAGGAAGAGGAGAGGAAGAGGAUCAGGAGAGAGAGGAAUAAAAUGGCUGCAGCGAAGUGUCGCAACAGACGGAGAGAACUCACAGACACCCUCCAGGCAGAAACAGACAAGCUAGAAGAGGACAAAGCCGCCCUCCAGGCUGAAAUCGAGAAUCUCCUGAAGGAAAAGGAGAGGCUUGAGUAUGUUCUCGCCUCUCAUAAACCUCUUUGCCAGCUUCCUGAAGAGCUGGACUGCCUGUUUCCAGAGUCUCCUCAGCCACUUCCAACUCCCGAAAUGGCCAGCAAACUCCCCGAGGACGGCCUGCAAGACGCUGCUUCCCUGCAGGACUUGGAGAUCCCCACGGUACCGUCCACCGCUAUUUCCGGGAACUCCAACAUCCUGCUGUGCUCCAGCGCAGAGGUCAGUUUGUGCGACCUCGAGCCCUCUCUGGAGGUCAAGGACGAGCUCCUCGCCGCCAUCGAUAAGGACCGGGUCUCGGCAGAAACGGCCCGCUCCGUCCCCGACAUCGAUCUGACCGGCUCGCUGGGCAUCACGGACUGGGAAACCCUCUACAAGUCUGUGGCCAAUGAUCUCGAACCUUUGAGCACGCCGGUGGUGAGCACAUCCACACCCACCUGCAGCAACUACCUGUCCGUAUUUACCUUCGCCUGCCCAGAGCUGGACUCCCUGGCCGAGGGACUGGAUGGGUGCAAAGGAGACUGGAUGGGCAUGAGCAAAGCAGAAUCUAGCGUCGAUAUCCUCAACUCUCCCACCCUUCUUGCCUUAUAAAUGCAAGCGUUGAUGAUGUAAUGUCACGAUAUUGUUCUUAAUAUCUAUUUGAUAUCGCGGUGUUAUGAUGUCCAGAUGUGUGAUGUUGGUGUGAAGCCAGCUGUUUUAUGGCUGCAUCCAUGUAAUUUGUGCGGGACGGGGAUUUACUUUCUUCCAGAGACAUUUGAUGUACCCCAAAUACAAGAGCAUGGAUAAUUAUCUUAUACGAGCAGAUAUGAACUAUGUUCUGGUUUGA